AUGCUGCUUGAGGAGGCUGCAGACUGGGAAAUGUCGGACGUGAGCUUGGCGGCUGGCAAUCCCAAGCCCCCCGAUAAGCAGCGCCAGCCCCUGGGCGACAUAACAAACUUACAGGCCUUGCAAACGCGGCCGCGCAUUAGCCGUAUGGCAGCUGUUGUUGAGAGAAGACUGAUGCGCUCAGCAGCAACAGCAGCAGCAGCUGUCGCGGGACACCAGCUGGCAGCGACUGCGUUAGAGGAACUCAGGACAGACCCUCUCCAACCCGCAGGCGAAGCAAGCGGCUCCCGUGCCGAACCAGAUGCACGCAUGGCUACGGAGACAGUCGCCAACACGGACACAGACGGGGCCCCACAACAUCUUGACCCGGCUGGCGCUGGAACCCCUGCCUUACUGCCAACCAAGCGCCGGCGCUCGGGCCCUGGUUUUGAAAUCGGCGCAUACGCCCAUACUUCAUCUGGCAUGAAACCGCAGCAGCAGCGGCAACAAUCAAAGACAGCAGCAGCAGAACCAUCAACGUGGCAAGGAAUGGGGCCGGCUGCGCCGCCUCCAGCGCCAGCGCCGUUAACAACAGCACCACCACCACCCGCACACCACCUGGGCUCCACAGUCCCCGCCGAGGCCCCCAUACAUACAGCUGGUGCCCUGGCACUGGCCUUCCUGACACGAGCCAUGGAGGACAGCGUGCUGCGUGGUUUCGGCAUCGCGAUUGACGACAGCACCCUGCCAGCAACCGCGCUCGUCAUAUUCACCCGGCCUGGUCUGCCCUUUCGGUUGCGGCUGGCGCCAAAGACAGCCCCGGCACCCGGUCCGCCGGGUGCUGCUGCUGCUGCUGCUGCCAUGGAGGUGAGUUUAGAGGCCCAACGACGAGGGCUGUGGGUGAAGGCCAGCCUGGACCACCUUCAAGCAGCGUCGCGACUCCCCGCUGGGGAUAUCUCUUCGGUGCAACAGCUUGAGGAGCUGCUGUACUACUUGAGCGCUUGUCGCAUGUGUCCCGGCGAUUCGAAUGAGCGGCACCUGGCAUUCGCCGAGACCUGCGGGGCAGAGGGAGGGUGCCGCCAUGACGGCCGCCGCGAGGGCAGGGUCGUGUUUGACGGGGAGCCGAGCCUCACGACGCGCACGCUGCUCCCGAAGACUCUGCGGGGCGCGGAGUGCAAUCUUCUACUGCCGCCGGGAUGCAGUUCCCCGUGUGGCAGCUGCAAGGCCGCCAGCCGCUACUUGGACACCCGAGUUUGGCGUUUCUUGAAGGCGAAAGAAGGAAAGAUUGGGCUGUUUAAGCUGGUCAAGGCAGGGCUUUUGGCGGCAGGACGGCAGAGUCGUGAUCACGGGGGGGUCCUUGGGCAGCGGCGGGCUCGGCGUUUGCUGAAGAAGAAGCGCCAUGCACAGCUGAUCGCAAAGGAGAGCAUAGUGGGGAAGAUGACGAAGACGAAGAAGACGACGAUGAUGAUCACGAAGAAGAAGAAGUAG